GCCUGCGGGCCUCAUUCUGCGCAGGCGCGGGGGUGUUCCUUAGCACCUCUGAAGCAUCUGGUCCCUCCCGCGUCUGAGAUUGUCAAGCCGCGCCAGACCCGAGUCUCGCGGUCUGAGCGCCUCCCGGGUGACACAGGCAGAGUGGCCGAGGCCGUGGAGCAGACCCACCAGGAGCCAGAUGAGCGGAGAGGUCUGCGUGCACACCUGGCCGUGCUCCUACUACUUAGAGCUGGACAAGCGAUGGGUCCCUGGAAAGCUUUCCUUAACCUCCUGCUCCCUGAAGUUUGCGGCUGAUGAGGCCCAGGAGACGCUGGUGAGUUUCCCGCUGUCUGGCAUCACUGCGAUCAAGAAGGAGGCUUCUCACUUCGUCUUCAGCUCCAUCACUGUCCUGGAGAAGGACAACCGCAAGCACUGGUUCGGUUCCCUGCAGCCCAGUCGCAAUGCCGCAUUCAGUGUCAUCGAGCAUUUCUGGAGAGAGCUGCUGCUCUCCCAGCCGGAAGCACCGCUUCCUGCGACCAAGGGGAAGGAGCUGACUGGCCUCAUGGCCUGUUCCCAGAAGCGCCUGGAGGACACGGCCAGAGUCCUCCACCAUCAGGGCGAGCAGCUGGACAGCAUCACCAGGGGCCUGAACAAGAUGGAAUCCGACCUGGACGUGGCUGACAGGUUGCUGACAGAGCUGGAGUCACCUUCCUGGUGGCCCUUUAGCUCCAAGCUUUGGAAAAUGCCAUCAGAAACAAAGCUUAAGGGAGACGCUUCAACGGCUAGUCCCAAAACUCUUGGGAAGGAAGGGGUAGUGGUCAGAAUUCCUGCUGUUGUCUCCCAGAGAACAGCAUCCCAUGUCAAACCAGGGAGUCUCACUGUCCUAGUGUCUGGACUGGAAAUCCAUGAUUCGAGUUCUGCGCUCAUGCACAGGUUCGAAAGAGAAGACGUGGAUGACAUUAAGGUUCACACGCCCUAUGAGAUCAGCAUCCGCCAGCGGUUCAUUGGGAAGCCUGACAUAGCCUAUCACUUGAUAUCUGCCAGGAUGCCAGAGGCCAUCCCCGUUUUGGAGGUGCAGUUCAGCAAAAAGAUGGAGGUGUUAGGAGAUGCCCUGACACCCAGCAGCACCAAAACCUCCUCCCCAGCAGAGAAGGGCUGCUCCAUGUGGCACACAGCGUCUGGGCUGAUGGACCGGGCCGUGCACCACGAGCCCUGCCCAGGCAGCCAGGACGGCCAGCCACUCCAGCUGCAGACGACCCAGCCGUUCAUUUCCGAGGGGGACGCCCAGGAACUGAGACAGAUCCUGAGGAAACUCAAAGGUCUUGCCCUGGACACCGAGGCAGAGCUGGAGAGGCAGGAUGAGGCCCUGGAUGACAUCACCGCCGCCGUGGACCGGACUACCCUAACCAUCGACAAGCACAAUCGGAGGGCAAAGAAACUGACUUAGAGGGACAAGAAAGCAUGACAGUCA